AUGUACAGGAAAGAGAAGACGAAUUGUAGUAAAUGUCCGCCUUCAAUACUGAGAAAAAGGCCACCCGUGAACCAAGCUGUGAGUGAAAAGCGAAAAGCAGAGAGAAGGGUUCGAUUUCGUGAGCCAGAAAUCACUGGAUAUGACAUUUCCUGCUGGGACUACAGAGUUGCACAUGACAGGCCAUCAACUGGAUUGCCUUUGCUCCUGUGGUUUUCGCUUUGUUUAGUGCUGAUCCUGGCUGUGAGUCUGUACUACAGCAGUGUGAAGCAGAAUUUCAAAGUCUUGGAAGAAUUUCAAUCCCAGCUCGUUAUCUUCUUUCUUCAGAUAAGACACGUUGCUUUGAAAUGCUGGACUUGGUUUAUGAGGCAAUAACAGUGUCACACGUGUGGAACCGUGCAUAGCCCAAGACAAAGAUCUUAGCAGAUAACAUCUAAAUGCAUAUUGCAGCACAAGGCUCACAGCCCAUUCAAACCAAACACCAGAGAAUGUGCCAGCCUUCCCCUUGAAGACUAAUAUAGAGCUGACCCUGUGGUACACUUACCUUUUCCUGUAGCCACUUGUUUUCCAUUUCUUUUAUUAUUAUUGUAUAUAUUACACUAACACCUAGAAGUUGCAACCAAAAUCAGAGCUCCAUUGUCCUAGGCAAUACAUAAAUAUCUGGUAAGAGAUAGUCCCUGCCUCAGAGAGCUUAUAAACUGAAGAAACAAGAAAAAGCAAAGGAACAGAAACACAGAGAUUAAUUGAUUCAAUCAAGGUCAUAUAGGUAGAUAAUACCAGGAACUAAACCCAGGUCAAUCAAGUCUCAGGUCAGUAGCUUAACCACAAGACCAUCAUUCUGCUCUGGUUUUGCUACUGCAAUAUGAGCAAGCCUUACUUCUUGUGUUCAAAGGCUCUCCAAUGCUGUAUUUUACACAUAUGUGAAAUGAUUGUGAGUAAAACCUUGGCAGACGGUGUUCUCAUGUCCCCUCAAGCUUUCUCCUAUGUGGGCAAAAGAUUGCUCUUGGAAAUGUUUCACUGGGCUCCCCAGCAUGGAAGAGAGCAUGGAAACCCGUUUAACCAGGCUAUGGGUAUUCGCCUAAUAUCACACAUAACAGAGUUGAAUCCCAGGUUAAUUAUCAAGUCAGAGAAUUAAACUACUGAGUUCAAUUCAGUCCGUAAACCUCAUGAGCCAAGUUUACAUGGUUUGUGACAUCAACAAACUUCUUCAAUUUACUUCUAGCUCGUAUUCAGUCAGGGGAUCACGUAUUCAUUCUAUGCAUGCCCAACGAUAGUUUAAGGCUUUGCAUAAUGCUACAACUGACCGUUUAUGAAGGUGGAAAGGACAAAGCUCCAUUGUCUUGGGAGGCCCCCCAUUAAUAUCUUACAGUAAGGAUAUUUAUGAAGGGGAUCUUUUUAACAAUGAUAGUGCAAUAAAUGCUGAAUGCCUCUUGUGUGUGUCAAAGUGGAUCCCAAUGUGUCUAUCCAAGUGUGUCUCAGAGAGGGCCAACAAAUUCAUCUGGCCUAUGAGACUUUCUGGACUUUAUUUUCUCCGUAGGAAUAAAUAGCAACAUCCUUUCUUUCCUGGUCUUCUUUUCAAGUAAAAUUAAAAGAAAGUAUUUGGACAAGUGCGCUACUGUAUUCAGAAAGAUAAAGACUACGUGAGAGUCUGCAACAGCAGAAAAAACCCUGCGAAGAAGAUGGAAGACAAUGCUUGCAAGAUCACAGCCCAAAGUCCCAUGUCGUGACAACCAACAAAACACUAUGCAAAUUAUUGUUAGUUGAUAAAGAAUAUUCCAUAUGGCAUUGAGGGGCAACAGCACAUCAUCUUCCAGGCAUCUUAAAGUAGGCAAAGAAUUAAAUCGGAACAGGGAGAAGCAACCUUUUCUCAUAAAGAAUGUAUGCCUCUUCUCAAUUGAAAACAGAUGAAACAAACUACAGUAUUGAGUCUCAAAAGCAGAAAGAGGUGACUUCAGCAGCUAAGUGGAUGCUCACCAUAGGCUGUCACAGGCCCACAGGCAAUUGCAUCAGACAAGCUGCCAGUUUGGGAGUCAAAGGAUGCUCACAUAGGUGUAUUCAUCCCUGUGACUUUUUACACAAACCGAUUGUGUGCUUCAGUCCAAUGGAGGCAAGCCUUGCUCCCCCAUUUCCUUUUUUUAAAGUAAUAAGGUGAGAGAUUUACAACUUCUACGUGAGGUUUCAGAGUAGCAGCCGUGUUAGUCUGUAUUCGCAAAAAGAAAAGGAGUACUUGUGGCACCUUAGAGACUAACAAAUUUAUUUGAGCAUAAGCUUUCGUGAGUUACAGCUCACUUCAUCGGAUGCAUUCAGUGAAAAAUACAGUGGGCUUUUAUGUGAGUAACUCAUUAAAACGUUUCUUGAGAAAGGUUAGGAAAUGGUAUAUUAGUGAGAUGAGCAGGUAAUUAAAUAACCUUCAAUCCCUCCCUCUGUCUACAUAGAAGUGCCCCCCCAUUUAGCUCACCUUUUCUGGAGCUGAACUGUAAUUUCUGGAAGAGGCACAUUGAAAACAGGGGGCUUGUUUUGAAAGGGCAGUUUAUUCAGCAAGAGCCAUGGUGUGGUACUGCAGGUAAUACAUACAGCAACUUCAAUAGUCUGGGAGAGGACGUGCUAGUUUGUACCACCCUGAUAUGCUAAUGUAAUGCUUUACACCUCUCAGAAAACAAAUCAGAGAG